UUAAGGAAAAACACUGUUUGUACUAUAAAAAUGAGCGUUUUCUCAGUUGACAGGCAUCAGAAGCGAUUCAAUCGUAGUCUUGUUAACAACUAAAAUAUAGUCAAUAAAUUCCAAAGAAAACCAGCAACAUGAAGUUCGCCGUAUUCACCGUAGUCGUGCUUGCUUUGUUCUUCCAAGCCCAAUCGUCCAUCAUCCCAAUUGGAAUCAACGGUAUUGGACCAUCCCUAUCGAUCUCAGGACCUCUGGGACCAGUUGUCCUCCCAAAUGGGGCUGUGUCCAUUCAAGGUUCAGUCAUCCAAGGAAUUCCUAACAUCGUGUCCAUUCAAGGACUUCCAGCUGCCGUUACUGUUGCCCAAUCACCAAUCCCAGCAGUAGCCUUACCAGCUCCAGUUGCAGUUGCUGCUCCAGCUGUUGUCGGUGUUGAGGGUACUUAUGUAGCCAAGACUCGUGGUGCUGUUCACGUUGCUCCUCUUGCAGGACACACACAAUCCGCUGCUUCAGUAAAUCUUCAACCAGCUCCAGGAACUUUGUAAACAAAAGACAACAAAGUUUCACAUACGUAAUGAAGGAAAUGGAAUAUGUGACCUCUGACUCUAAAAUCGGAAUUGACGAAACUUAAAAAAAUUAUCUCAGUACACAAACUUUUAAACAACCUUCUCCAGUUAAUAAUUUAUAACAGUUUUCCGUGAUGUAUGACAGAGUUCUGUUUCAUAUGACUUUGCUUAGUUAAUCAUUUUUAGUUUAAUGUUUAUAAAUAAAUCAAUGCAACAUGGACUUCAAUUACAGUCAAACACAAAAUA